GUCGGGAGUUCAUUAUCCCUUCGCUGGCACAUAGGUUCAUAGCAGAGAUGGUGGAUUUUUUUAUUCUGUUCUUUAUAAAGGCAACCAUUGUAUUAAGUAUUAUGCACCUCAGUGGAAUCAAGGACAUCUCUAAAUUUGCCAUGCAUUACAUCAUAGAAGAAAUAGAUGAAGAUACGUCCAUGGAAGAUUUGCAGAAAAUGAUGAUAGUAGCUCUCAUUUACAGGUUAUUAGUCUGCUUCUAUGAGAUCAUCUGUAUUUGGGGAGCAGGUGGAGCAACCCCAGGGAAAUUCUUGCUUGGACUGCGAGUUGUGACAUGCGAUACGUCUGUGCUUAUCGCACCCAGCCGUGUGUUAGUCAUUCCAUCUUCUAAUGUCAGUAUGACAACGUCCACAAUACGAGCUUUGAUCAAGAAUUUUUCUAUUGCUUCAUUUUUUCCUGCAUUCAUUACGCUGCUGUUUUUCCAGCAUAACAGAACAGCCUACGAUAUUGUAGCAGGGACUAUUGUGGUAAGAAGAAAUGGAGUCAGAUGAUACCAAGAGAUCACAUUUCCAGACUGGUUUUGAACAUCCCCUCCUACCCCCAGUGAACAAAGACCUACCCCAAAACUGAAAUAGAGGUGUCUAUCAGAAUCCUUUGCCCAAAUGGACUGGGAACUGAUUCAGAAGCUAAAGAAAAUGUUUUGCUCCAGUAUGAUGCCAGCAGCUACCUUCAAAGUAUCGGGGUUUUCAUAAAUGCCAAAGAUGUUUGGGAGAAACAGUAUGUAUUAAAUCUGGAAGUAUUAGCCUCCAAUCUACAAGGAAGAAGCUGGCUGUAUUAACUGCAGAAUGGAGCUGUUCUGU